GAGAAGGAAGAUUCCGCUGGCUUUGGUGGAAUACGGCUCUUGCAUGUAUUAGCAGCAUCGCUUUUCGAUGCUUCACCUACUAGCAUUUUGCUGCUUAUUGUGAUAAAAAUAUACAUUUUUUUACAGGAAUUCUCUCUUGACUGCUACUUUCGACAAAAAUGGCUCGACCGACGACUUGCGUUCACUCCUAUUAAUCCGGAUAAACCGGUGAUGCCACUAGCUAGCAAAAUGCUGAAGGAUAUAUGGGUACCCGACACUUACAUUCGAAACGGACGUAAGUCUUAUCUACACACACUUACCGUACCAAAUAUUCUUUUCCGAGUAAGGUCAGAUGGACAGGUGCACGUCUCGCAGAGAUUAACUAUAAAGACGAAAUGUCUCAUGUUCUUGAGGAAGUUCCCUAUGGAUGUUCAGGCGUGCCCCAUAGAAAUCGGCUCUUUGGGGUAUUUUACCAAUGAUCUCGUCUAUUAUUGGAAAGAUGUGGAUCUGGACGCUAAAAUGGGCAAUAUGCUUUCACAGUACAAAAUCCUUGGUCUGAUCAAAUCCGAGCACAAUUAUUCCGAUCAUCGAUUAACUCAUCGAAGUGAGUUGAAUUUGGAA